AGAUAAGAUAAUCCGUGACGUCAUGUGGGCCGCUUAGUCAGAAUCCGGGGGCCUUUUCUCGGGGCUUCUGGCGUCACUCCAGGCUCAGUCUUCCAUCCAGCGUCAACGACUGUCCAUCCAUCAACGUCCAGGUCUUCAUAGAAGGCGUGUGUUAUAUUCUUAGACUCCAUAUAUAUUUGUCAGUAUUAUGGGUAGCAGAUACCUAUAGUCGCGUACCGUUCUAGCUGCAUGAUGUUAGACUCGUGAUAAAGAGGUCUAGUUGAACCUGCUAUCGACCAUGAUGUUGCCGACCAACAUCCUACUAUCCCUACUCGCCGUUUCGUCAUCGUACGUAUCGGCUUCUCCUCAAGAUUGGUAUGGAGCAGAUCAGAUAGCUCUUGUGCCAUCAGAGGAGGCUGGAGAAGAGCCCAAGUCUCUCCGAACUACUCAUCAGUUUUCACUUCGGCAUGUAUUUCAUCACGGAACCUAUGAGAACCCUAUGUUACAUAAACGCCUCGAUGUCGAGCCUGAUGCAGAUCUAUGGAUGGAGUCAGAGGAUGGCCAGAAGGUCGAGCUGCCAAAGACCUUCGAAGCCUCGGGACAGCCGGUGAAGAUUCAGCGACUUACCGAUCGACGACCAGAAGUUGUGGAAGGUAGGCUUCAGGCGGCUCGAAACCCAGGCCUUGCAAGCUUUAUACCUCCUCCGGAAUGGUCGAUAGACGAUGUUUCCGGCCCCGAUAUAACUGAUAGGCAGACCAUUCUUAGCCUGGCAAAGAUGACUGCCAACGCAUAUAUUCAAAAACCUGGAACUUCACAAUGGCUAAGCCUGGAACAUACCCCUUGGAAACACUCUAAUAGGUUUGGGUGGGAAAACGAUGGCCUCCGGGGCCAUAUUUACGCCGAUAAGGGUAACACGACCAUCAUCAUCGCCCUGAAAGGGACAUCUGCCGCUCUCUUCGAUGGUGAAGAGACUACAACCAAUGACAAGGUUAACGACAAUCUCUUUUUCAGCUGCUGCUGCGGGCAAGGUGGACAGUACUUUUGGCGACAGGUUUGUGACUGUUAUACGACAACUUAUACGUGUAACAUCACCUGCGUAGCCUCGUCACUUAGGUCCGAAAAUCGGUACUACAGGGCGGCUCUAGACCUCUUUGCAAAUGUGACUGAGCUUUAUCCAAUGUCGAAUGUUUGGAUAACGGGCCAUUCACUUGGCGGUGCAGUCUCCAGUAUGCUCGGAAGAACAUACGGACUUCCUGCUGUGACUUUCGAGGCCGUCCCUGAAGCACUCCCAAUUUCACGCUUGGGCAUUCCUGUACCUCCAGGAGGUGAUCCAUAUACACCAGAUGCUGACUACUCGGGUGCUUUUCACUUUGGUCACACUGCCGAUCCCGUCUACAUGGGUAGCUGCAACGGCGCAACGUCAAUCUGCACGCUAGGCGGUUAUGCAAUGGAGUCUGUAUGUUUCACCGGCAAGAGAUGCGUAUACGAUACAGUCCAAGAUUUUGGCUGGCGGGUUGCUAUCGGUACACAUAGAAUUGUCAAUGUGAUCAAUGAUGUACUUAAAAAGUACAAGACUGUCCCGUCAUGCCAGCCGGAUAAAGCAUGUGUCGACUGUCCUAACUGGAAGUUCUUCCGGAGCAAUGGCAGCGAACACACCACGACAAAGACGACAAGCACUACCCCAACCGCCACGAGGACCGAAACCUGCAAGACUCCUGGCUGGUGGGGAUGCCUUGAUGAUACCACUAGUCAGACUAACCACCCCUCCACUUCGACGUCCUCGACCUCGACUAGUAGCACGUCUACGUGUAAGACGCCGGGAUGGUUUUGGUGCAAAGAUAAAAGCACCACAGAGACAAGUACAACGACAACCCCGGGAACUACUUCCAACCCUCUCACAACUACUCCAAAGUCAACCUCUGCUACCACUACUACUUGUGAAACGCCAGGGUGGUUCGGGUGUAACGACCCAACGACAACAUCGACCACAACGUCGACAAGCCAACCCCCCUCAUCUUCAUCCUCCUCCUCAUCGACUACCACGACUUGCAAAACACCGGGUGUUAUAUGGGGGUGUAACGAUGUUACCAGCACAACUACAUCAUCUUCCGCAGCUGCAAGAACUACGUCAAGCUGCAAGACACCUGGAAUCUUAUGGGGUUGUAAUGAUGUGAUUACAACUUCUGCAUCAACUUCUGCAACCUCCAGCACUACAUCUACCUGCAAAACUCCUGGCAUUCUAUGGGGCUGCAAUGACAUCAGCACUUCUCCGACCGCCGGCACCUCGACUCCCACGCUGACGCCACACAUCAGGCCAACAGCAACUGGUUAAAACGUGGGUACCUCGGUCCCUAAAUAUUUAUUUUUUGGGUGUGGGCAAUAGUCUGCCAUCUCUAUUGCAAUUUUACUUCCAUCUACCAAACAACCCUAAAGAAUGAGUUUAUGAUAAUUUGUUCGGGCUUUGACUGACUUUUUGACAUGUAUUACGUGUUGCCAUCUUUACCCGGAGUAGUAUUGAGAGAAAUUGGUAUCUAGUCUGGUGUUAUUUGGGCGCCUGCUAUCGUUUUAGAUUUUGUUUUGUAUGGCUAUAAUUGGUUGAUUUCGGCAUUGAUAAGGGUAUCACAAGGCAAGCAAUUUUUAGGAAUAUAUUUAUAUUACUAGACCUUUUUUCCACCAUUUUCUUCCUGCUCCAGCUCCGUUUUGCAAGAACAACAGCAUUUUACGAGACUCCAAACACCAAGGAAACGAUCGUGACAAGAAGCUGGUGGCCCUUUGCAGCGAGCAUGGGGUUGUUGCGGACAACAGGGCCCCUUUUUUGAAACAUGGAUCCUUACUCAGUCCCCCGAUGCUGGACGAUAGAGCGAGCCAUAAUUCGAACAACAGACGAACAUACGAACCACACACAACAGCAGACGUCAGCCAUGGUUCGCUCUCCCUUCCUUCGCCAACCAGGCGUUCGUUCGUCCC